UCGGAACGCGAAGCACAUCGGUCGGAAUUCAGUAUAGAUAGGAAUGGAGAAGAAUAUUCCAUUGGACCGGCAGCCAUACGCUCCCAACGCCCCACCCAGUUAUGACAACGCGCAGCAAAUUUAUCCAAAUUUAAAUCAGCAACCACCGGCACAGCCGCUGAUCAUGCAGGCACCCCCAAAUGUGCUUGGAAAUGUUCCAUCAAUGGCCACCUGCCCGAGUUGCGGCGCUCGUAGGCAAACGAGGGUCGAGUUUGAGCCAAGUACCAAGACUCAUUUGCUGGCCCUUCUAAUCUGCAUGAUUGGUGGUAUUUGCUGCUGUUGCAUCCCAUACUGCAAGGACUCCUGCCAGUCGGCCAAACACACCUGCAGUAACUGUGGAGCCUACGUGGGAACAUUCAAGAACUAAGAAAUGCAUC